AUGUUGGAUGAUUUUUGGUCCAACUUAGAAGAAAAAUUGAUUACAAUGAUAAAACCCAGUGUUUAUGAUGACGUUUUUGAUCGUAAAAUCAAUGGUGAUGAAAUCUUCCUUUUUGUCAAAGCACCAAAUCAUUUGUGUACCGUAGAGUUCAAUUUGUUUACACCUCUUGAUGCCAAAAAGUUACCAGCAACAUAUGAUAAAGUUUUAAAACUGUUAAAACAAAGGAAGAAGUCUACAAGUGUUCCACAGGUUCCUAUCCAGAAACUUCCUGCCUUGCCUGAAAAGUUCAUGUUCAAUACAGUUCUUAAGUUCCAUGAGUCAAAGCAAAUUCAGUUGAAAUAUUACCCUUCAAAUAAUGGACUGUUGCACAACAAUAACCGCACACAGCGAGACCAGAUAAGAGAGUGGAUCUCAGCAUUUGGUAAUGGAAGCGGUGGAAUGAUAGUUUUGGGGGUUGAUGAUAAAACUGGAAAGAUUACAGGCCAGCUUUUGGAAGGAGACAGUAAAGACGAAUUUGACGGAAAAGUUUCCUCCAUUGUUAACAAAAUGAGCCAAGCAUGGUGCUUUAUCCCCGAAAGAGGGGUUCAUUGGGAUCUUACGUUCUUUCCUGUUGAAGGCAAGGGGAGCAAAUCAGCUUUGACAGUUGUUGUACUUUACAUCGCGGGAAUGCAGAACUUGGGAGGAAUUUUUACAAAAUGUCCAAGGAGCUGUGAGCUAAGACCUGGACUUGAUGGGAAGGAAGAAGUUCAUCAGCUUAAUUUUAAGGAUUGGAAGCAACAAAUGCUAUGUGCCACAGAAGAUGAAAGUGAAGGUAUUGAGUACAGUUCUGUUUAAAUCUUUUUUUGUGUGUGAUGUUGGUAAACAUGUCAGUCAACUCUUGCUAAGACGGACACUUUUGGGACCCGAGCACUAACUCACAUCCAUCUUAGAGAGAUUUUCUGUAUUUGAAUAGAGAGUCAAAUGAAAGGACUCAAGAAAGGCAGGGACCAACUCUAGCUGCGGUGUCCAUUUUACAGAGGUGGCCAUUAGCGAGAGUGGACUGUAUUUUUUCGGGAACUUGCAUCAUAUUUUGGUGCUUUUCCAGCUGCGGUAACACCAUUUUAAAAUUAAAAUCAGGGUUCUCAAUAGAUUUUUAAGUAGGAGAUGAUCACUGAUAAAGUAGGAGGCUCUUCAGCAAAGCCAGAGGUGUCAAAACAAAGCAAAGAAAAGCGACUUAAACACAAAGUAAGCGGCUAUAAAUCCCAAAGUAAGCGGUGAUCAAUCACCGGGUGCCACCUUCUAUUGAGAACCCUGUAAAAUUCUGAGAGAUUCUGCUUAUUAUUAAGAUCUUAUGAUUAGCAGAAUCUCUAACAACAGAGUUUUUGCAGCUCAUGGAAAAUAAUUAUUGGGAAAUUUUUAUAAUAUUGGUUAUGCAUUCUUUUGGUCCCAAAAGUUCUUUUAUUGCUAUCAAUAAUUACUUUUAAGCCUUAAUUUCCUGUACAGCACAAUGUACAAGCCAAGGAAAAGCAAGGCCAAAAUCAGUGUGAUGAAAACCAUUGUUGUAUGUAAACUAAAUACAGCAAUAAUUCCUGAAAAUAAUAGUAAAAAAAAAACAGGAGUUAAUAUCUGAUUUUCAUUGUGGCAGGGCUAAAACAUAAUGCAGGUUACAGGUUUGUUUAGUGGCAAUUCCUGGUUUCACUAGUCUAGAGUAAAAUCUUCAACCAAUUGAUCAGAUACGUUUCCUGGAAAACAACAUCCUAUUCUAGACCCUAACUCUCUGAUUUAUAUUAACCCUAUCCUAGAGUAAAUGGCUUGCUAACCAUACCCUUCACAGCGGCACAUACAUAUAUAGCCCAUAUAUGGCAGUACACUACGGGUCAGGUUGCGGGUUACACGAUAACUUUACAACUGCAUAAUACAACUUUGCGAUCUGCAUGAUGCAAGUUAAUUUUCAAGGUGAAUUUUGUCAAGCACAAUUUUAUACUGACCAAGGACAUGUACCACUUAACCAAACUGCCAGCUUUAGGCCAAUUUUCUGACAAAACCAAACUCACUUGUCUUUGUAUUCUCGGCUACCAUACCGUAUUUCCUCGAAUAAUAGAUAGGGGGCGAUUAUUUCUUUAUUUGCAUCAGAAGGGGGCGAUUAUUUGAGGGAGGUGAUUAUUUCAAACAUUGCUCAUGGAAAGUCGUGUCCUAAAUAUUGUUUUACAUCAAAUACACAAUCUGUGCUGAACAUGGACUUUAACAGUGCUCCAGGACUGGUUCCUUGAUUAAUUUUCAGAGCUUGAAUUGUUACUGAUCAGUUUUGCCUGAUCAGAUUCCCCUUCAACUCAACAGAGAGGGGAUAAAAGAAAGAGAUGAUGAGAGGGGUGGGGAGGGGGUGAUAAUUCUAGGGAAGCGAUUAUUUCAAUAUUUACAUCAAAGGAGGGCGAUUAUUCGAGGGACGGCUAUUCUUUGAGGAAAUACAGUAAUUUAUGCCGGACCAUUGAUCAUGUGAUCGUGUCUACAUGUAGUUAUCUCU